AUGGGUGUCCAAGGACCUCUCACGGUGCUGGUGGCAGCGCUUGGUAUUAGCUCAGCUGUGGCAUUCAAUGUGAUUCCUCGCCAGAGCAACGGCACCGGCGAAACGAGCCCUUACUUUUCGGACGUAUCUGAUUACAUCGAUUCCAUCGUUGAUGAGUUAUGGCCAAUCAAUAAGGAAAUCCACGACAAUCCCGAGUUGGGAUAUGAAGAGAUCAAGGCCCAUGAACUCCUCACUUCCUUCAUGGAAUCCCAUGAAGGGUGGAAUGUCACCAGAUCCAUCUACAAUAUCAGCACCGCAUUCGUCGCAGUGUUUGAAGGAUCGGGUGAGGGACCUGUGGUUUCCUUCAACGCUGAAUACGAUGCCCUACCUGGACUAAGGCACGCGUGCGGGCACAACCUCAUUGCGACAGCCUCUGUCGGAGGGGCGCUCGCUACCGCUGAGAUCAUGCGUGCCGAAAGCCUUCCUGGUAAGGUGAUUUUGUUUGGCACUCCUGCUGAAGAAAGUCUUGGUGGCAAGGUCAAGCUCCUUGAAGCUGGCGCUUUCAGAGACCACAACAUUGAUAUCUCACUCAUUUCUCACCCCACGAACAGCGGCGAUUCCCCAUACAUGAUCACAACUUCAACCGACCGUUUUGAAGUAGAAUACUACGGAAAGGAGGCUCAUGCCGCCGCUUCCCCUUGGGAGGGAAUCAACGCUCAAGACGCCUUGGUUUUGGCUAACAACGCUAUUGCUCUCCUCCGCCAGCAGACGCGGUCGACCGACAAGAUUCAUGGCAUCAUCAGUUCGGCCGGAACACGCAUCAACGUCAUCCCCGCACUUGCGCAGGCUUCCUUCCAGAUUCGUUCCGCCGAGGACGAGGCCCUGGAGGAAUGGACCGAGCGAAUCAUUAAAUGCUGGGAAGCCGGUGCUUUGGCCACCGGUGCUGAGCUCAACGUCACCAAGCGCCCCUACGGCUACUCCAACAUGGUGUCCAAUGACAUUCUGGCUAGUUCCUGGUCAAAGUACUUCACCGAGCUUGGUGGUGAGGUUCCCAACGCCGAGGUCGAUAAGCUGCGCGAACCGAGUGGUAGCACCGAUCAAGGAAACGUCAGCAAGGACUUCCCCACGAUUAGCCCUUUCUUUGGAAUCACGAACGAGAAUGGCAGUGCCCCAGCUGGCGGCCCUCAUACUGCUGCCUUUGAGGUAGCUGCCGGCAGUCGGGCUGCAUUCGAUAAGACCAUUAUGGUCGCGAAGAGCAUGGCUGGCGUUGCCAUUGAUAUCUUGACUGUUGAUGGCAUGCUUGAAUUGGUCAAGGAGGAGUUCGAGGCUACUCAGACGAAGCGCAGAAGACGCAGGUCAAUUCAUUAA